CCAGUGUAACUAAUGGAGGAUACAUAUGGGAAUCUUUUGAAUUGGAACUAUAUUAAACUGUCGAUAUAUUGAUACUGCAGCCGUUACCGCUAAGCCGAAGAUCAGCCGGCAUCAGGGAGCUUUGGCCCUGUGUACUGAGAUCUGGAGAAGGUAUCAGAAUAUGGACUGUUUAAGACUUAAUGCAAGCUUUCGCUCUUACCCAUUUUCCCCGUGAUCGCUGGCCAGACGUGACCAGAGGUGGACAAAGAGUGACCCUUGGUGAACUCCAAUAAUAGUCCUGCCAUGUGCAGUGUUAUAUUCGAUCCGAAUAGGUGACCAGGUAUAUUACAUAGGAACCCAUUCAUAAUGGCGCUAUCAAGGAUCGCUUUUCAGUUACUGAUGAACAUAAUUAACCUAACGGGGGCAGCUUUUUGGCGGCUACUCGGAAUAAAAAUUGCCCGAUUAGACGAAGAAAGCGUCUGGAGAGGAUUCAGCGUGGAAGAAAAAAACCUCCUUCUUGACCCAAAGGGACCAGACCCCCACUGGAGCAAACGCCUUUCUCUGUCCCUGCAGUGCUGGGCCCAAGAUUCCAAACUCACAACGUGUGGUAGACUUUUUUUGAAGUCGGUUUACGUGGAUACCAUAAGAGAAAGAUUAAAUGUGAUUACAGCGUUAAGGGAGCAGGACCCAACUCAGGUUAAACCAAUAUGCAAGCCAAUCUUCAUUGUCAGCAGCAAUCGGACAGGCAGUACACUGCUUCAGGCUCUUCUUGCCAGUGAUCCCGCUAACACGGCGCCCCUACUGUGGGAAUUGGUUCAUCCAACACGCAGUAGUCCUCUUCCCAAGGGGAUUUCGGACCGUCUUGAUUUUUUCUAUACAAUGCGACCACAGCAUAGGAAAAAACACCUUAUUGCACCUACGAUGCCUCACGAAUGCUAUCACAUCUACCAAAGAUCUGAGGUGUGUAAGGCCUACAUGGUGGUUGGCCAGAACAUGGAGCCUUACAAAGCAUGUAUUAAAGCGUUGCCUAGGGAACACGUGCUGGAAAUGUUCAGAUUUUACAAGCAGCAGCUGGAAUUGAUCCUCAGCGGGAGAAAGGACAAAACGCCAAAAACAUUUAUUCUUAAAGAAUCGCUUCAUUCCAUGUUCAUUGGUCCGUUGUUAGAAGUCUUCCCGGAUGCAAUGAUCAUCAACAUUGUGCGCGAUCCGGUAGAGUCCGUCCCAUCCGCCUGCUCCAUGAUUGAGGAUGUCUUUGCCAUGGUGUACGCGGUCACAGAUUUAAAUCGCCAAGGACUCGGUCAGCGGGUCCUUGACCACACAGUAGACUGCGUAUCAAACCUGUACAAUUUUCGUCAAGAGCAUCCGUCAGAGGCGCAUCGGUUCAUCGACGUCAGUUACGCGGACCUCACGCGCGCCCCCUUGGUAACGCUGGAGGCUAUUUACACUAAGAUGGGUCUAACUUUAACCAAGGCGGCCAAGGGGCGGAUGAUGUCGUAUCUAGCUCGGAACCCCCAACACAAACACGGGCACCACGCUUACACUGCUGAGAAGUAUGGGUUGACUAAUGAUAUUAUCCGCAAGAGAUUGGGUGGUUUUUAUUCUCAAUGGAAGUAAGCUCGGCAUAAACGUAGAAGUAGCGAUGUAAGCCGUAAUUGUGUCAUUUCAGGUAGUAAGUGUUUUAUUUGAUAAAUCUUCCGUUUUAGAGAUGCACUCGUCCCUUUUGGUGUUGGUAUUUGUAUCACCUUUCAUAGUUUGGAUAGUAAUGAUUUA